AAAAAAAGUUGAAAAAAAAAAUGAACUAUUUGUUCUUUGCAAAAUUUCGAGGGGAAAGGGGAAAACAAGGGAGAGCUCUCUGUAACUUCCAAAGUGGUUAUCGAUGACAUCUGUGCAAACAAACCCUAGGCAACUGGAAUGAGGAAUGGGAUCGGAAUUCGAAAAUAGCAAGAACUGAAAUCGUUUUUAUCCUCAAUUCGGAGUCCUGUCCAGAUAAAGUGAUUUUUUACGAUGGGUAAUGCUUCUUCAAUGUUGACCCAAUAUGACAUUGAAGACGUCCAAGACCACUGUAACCAUCUGUUUAAUCAGCUAGAAAUUCUCUCACUAUACCAGAGGUUCUGCCAACUCGAUAGGAGUGCAAAAGGGUUCAUAUCAGCCGAUGAAUUUUUGUCAGUCCCAGAGUUUGCCAUGAAUCCCUUAUCCCAGAGAUUGCUCAAGAUGGUAGAUGGAUUAAACUUCAAGGAAUUUGUAGCUUUUUUGUCAGCCUUUAGUGCCAAAGCUAGCCUGCGACAGAAAGUUGAACUUAUCUUCAAGGUAUAUGAUUCUGAUGGGAAUGGGAAGGUAUCCUUCAAUGACAUGAUGGUAGUGCUUCAGGACCUGACUGGCGCAUACAUGUCAGAUAAGCAAAGAGAGGAUGUUUUGAGCCAAGUUCUGCAUGAGGCGGGUUAUACAAGGGAUUCGUUGUUACUGCUGGAGGACUUCAUUAAGGUAUUUGAUCAUCCUGGCUUGAAGAUGGAGGUGGAGGUCCCAGUUGACUAGCAAAUAAGCACCCAUUCUUGUUAGUCUACACGUCUUUGGCUGAAAUUGCUAUGGAUUUAUGGAACUCUUUUUUCAGCAGAUUGCCAUUUUACAUAAAUUUUCACUCUUAUCAAAUUCAUUUUUUUAAGGGAGCAUAUUUUGGAGUGCAUGCCAAAAAAGAAGCAAUGUCAUGAUUAUUUGUCCCAAGUUUUAAUUUUUUUUUUGAGAAAUGCUAGAUUCACAAACAAAAUUGUUACAAAAUU